UAAAUACUUAUCGCAAGGAAACCCUAAUUCGUUCUUAGCAAUCUAAAUAUUUUGUAGUACCGCAGAGGAAGAAUUGUGAAGGCGAAAUCCCCUUCAGCUUUGCUUAAUACUGUCUGUGAGGAAAGUUUCGGAUUGCAGGGCUUUCAUUAUAAAUCUGGGAACAAUACCAGAAAUCUACGAAAUUAGAUAUAAUGUCUGUCAUGAUUUCUCAAAAUGUCCAGCAGCGUCACACAAACAACACCCAGAAACACGAAGAACGAAAGUUCUCGAAGAAAAAGCAUCAUAAAGAGAGGAGCCCUCAUAUUGAUGCCAAUAAGGCAGACGAAGAAUCCGGUUUAGAAGACAACAGAGAUAUUGUCCCGGCUAUGGGGAAGGUGGCCAGGAAAAGAAAAAACAGGCGUGCAAGGGAAGAAAAACUAGAAAUGGAGAAGGACAGUGUAGAGAAAAAGAGGCUCGAAAGCCUUCUCUUUGGAUUCGAUAAAACACAAUAUGAUGAAAAUGAUGAAAAACUCCGUGUGUGGUUUACAGACAAAACCGCAGGUUCUGAAAGGUCUGCAUUGGAAGAAGAAGAUGGCCACGUAGAGGAAGUAAGAAAGCCUGCUUGGAUCGAUGAGGAAGAGACCCAAGCACUCGUUGACAUUUCAAAGGUAAACCGAUUGAAAAAAUUAAGAAAAGAAGAAAACGAGGGUUUAAUUUCAGGAACUGAUUAUGUUAGUAGGUUAAGGCACCAGCAUGCUAGGUUAAACCCCGGUACGGAAUGGGCUGAUUCGGGUAGAGGAAAGCAUAAGGGUUUAGGGUUUGGAUCUGAUGAUUCUGAUGAGGACGAAGGUUUAGGGUUUAGGGAUAGUGAGGGUUUUGAAGAUGGGAAUGAUUUGUUGAGGAGUAAUGAGGAAUUUGUGGUCAGGAGCAAAGAUAAGCUUUUGCCUGGGUUGAUUGAGUAUUCUAGGCUCACGGAUGCUAACGCAGAGGACCCAUCCAAUGCAGUUGUGCAGUCUGUGGCGUUUCAUAGGAAUGGUCAACUUUUGCUUACUGCCGGGCUUGAUAAGAAGUUGAAGCUUUUUCAAAUUGAUGGAAAGCGGAAUGCUAAAAUCCAGAGCAUUUUUAUUCAGGAUCUACCUAUUUACAAGGCUGCAUUCUUGCCUGAUGGAUCGCAGGUUAUUGUGGCAGGGAGGAGGAAAUAUUUUUAUAGUUUGGAUGUGGUGAAUGGGAAGCUGGAUAAGGUGUGUAGUUUGAUUGGGAGGGAGGAGAGGAGCUUGGAGAAUUUCGAGGUGUCCUCCGAUUCCAGUUUGAUUGCUUUCCUUGGGAAUGAUGGGUAUAUUAUGCUGGUUUCUACCAAGACAAAACAGUUGAUUGGGACUUUAAAGAUGAACGGGUCUGUUCGUGCAGCUGCAUUUGCAGAAGGGGGAAAUCAGUUGCUGAGUGCUGGUGGUGAUGGGCAGAUUUAUAAUUGGGAUCUUCGAACGAGGAAAUGUAUUCACAAGGGGAAUGAUGAGGGUUGUGUUAACAGUUCGGCAUUAAGUGUUUCUCCGGACAGUAAGUUGUUUGCUGCUGGUUCUGAUAGUGGGAUUGUUAAUAUUUACGACAGGGAUGAAUUUCUUGGGGGUGUGAAAAGGCCUGCGAAAUCUCUCACAAAUCUUGUGACUGUUGUGGAUAAUUUGAAGUUCAAUGUUGAUUCUCAGAUUUUGGCCAUUUGUUCAAGGUUGAAGAGGAAUAAUUUGAAAUUGGUUCAUCUUCCUUCUUGCACAGUGUUCUCUAACUUUCCAUCACCCAAAACUCCAUUACAGUAUGUCCAUUCACUAGAUUUUAGUCCAGGUGGUGGUCUUUUGGCUGUUGGAAAUGCUGCAGGAAAAGUGCUUCUGUUUAAGCUUCAUCAUUACCAGCACGCUUGAUGGAUAAAUGAGAUAAAUGAAUGAGGAGACAUCAUCAUAUCUUUCUGGUAUCUCUUCAUGGAAAACACUGUAAAACUGACCCAGUGUCUUGACUGUUAAAAAGGACAGUUGCGGGUUCCAGCAUCUGGAUUGUCCAGUUGGAAUGUAUCACCGAAGUGGAAUCACAAAUUUGUAUUGUUGCUAUAUUUAGUUUUUCUUUCUAACGUCUACAUUAUGAUACAUCAUGUUGUGUUUUGAAACUAUUUUCGAAAGGCAUGUAUGGUCUUAGGGUCUGUAAUGUAUUGCUUUUCAUCUCAAUGGCUUCUUUCCAAAAUAGCAUAACAUUGGUACUGAUUCUCUUGGUAUCUUCCACUUAGGAAAAGCAAGACGUUGGUGCCAAUUAGAAGUCCAAUGCUUGAACAUAUCUUCAAAGGUAUCUAUACCCAUAAAUCAGAUCAAAGUAAACAUAAUUUGCACUGCUUCAA